AUGGCGUCCAAACCUGUUGUCAUUAAUGAGUUGUUGUAUUUUCUAACUAAUAAUAUUGGUUUGUUAGACAAUGAAGCAUUUGUUUUCAACGUUUCUAAGUUUUAUUCUCAAGAAGAAAUUGAUGGCAGUUUAAAAUAUUUGAAAAACGAGUUUGAACAGUUUAAAAACGAAAUUGUUGAUAAAUUGAACUUACACGGAACAAACAAGAUAGACAAACUGUUGGACUGUAUUUCUGUUCUAAAGUGUUUUAUAUCUAAUAAUUUGUUGGAAAAAUUAGCGGUUUUUGUAAGCAAGGAUUUGAAUAGGGUUCCAAGAUUGGAAAAUGUAAUUAAAGUUAAUUUUGAAAGUUUACGGUGCGAAAUUAGCGAAUUAAUUGUGAAACAACAAGCGUACAUAUCCAAUACACUUGAAAUUUUCAAGGAACAAUUAUCACAGGUGACUGCAUUUGAUAAACAAAUGCAUCAGGUAAACGAGAAAUUAAAUUUAGUGGCGUCGAAUUUUAAUAAAACAGUUGCUGCCGUAGAAAAUACUUCCAAUGUUGAUUCCAUUUUAUUUCCACCUUUAAACAACAAUAUUUCAACUACUGCACGUUUUGUUAACAAAAAUAAUAAAUUGAAUAAUGAUACAACAAGAACUCCAACAAAUAAUAUAAAACCAACGUGGGGUGAUAGAGUCGCUAUGGAUAUACCUAGUGAUGAUAACCAAAGUGACGAUAAUUUUACUUUAGUCCAACGGAAUAAAAAUAAAAACAAACCUAGAACAUUACCUCUUGUUGUGGCUAAAUCAGCGGCUACACUGUCGGUUCAACGUAAACAAAAAAUUGAUCAGACGAAAAAAGUCAUUGGUAGAAAAAACGACUGUUCAUCGACCAUAAGACCAAUGAAAAUGGAACCGCGUAAAAAGCUGGUCUACGUCGGCAAGUUGGAUCAAUGCACUUCUGAAGACGUCAUCAAUCAUCUAAAGUCGAUCAACGUUAACGCGAUAUCUGCUAUACCCCUGACUAAAUCCAUUUUCAACAAAAAAAGUUCAACUAAUAAUGAUAAUAAUAAUAAUUCUCAAACUAGUGACUCAAAAACGAGCGCAGCUUUCAGAAUUUUGUUUCUUGAAAGUGAUCUAGACAAGGUGCUGAACGAGGACAACUGGCCUAACGGUGUCGUCCUUCACGAAUGGUGCUUUUUCAACAAUCAUGUUCAACAAUCGGUUUCUAACGCUGUUGCACCAUCAUCUAUUAAUGGCUAA